AUGGGAAAAGAAGACGCCCGAGCCGAUAGUCGUAAACGGUUAAGGGAAAGCGGCUCACAGACUGACGGGGAAGAUGCGUUCGACGAAGCCGACGGCCAUUGUCGUGGGGCUUUUGCCAAACUAGAUGAAGUCAGUGAAAAGCUCGACAAAGCGCUAACAAGACUCGGCGAGUUAGAGGCUAUGCAAGAUAGAGUGGCAGAAUUGGAAAAAGAAAAUAAAAAUUUACAAGAAAGCCUGAACACCGCUCAAGCCGACAUCGACGACCUAAAUUCGUCUUCAACCACCACGUGUGCAACACUGGAAACCCACGCAAAGAAUCUGGAAGAUCUCAGUGCUAAAAUAAAACAUCUUGAGUGCCGCAACAUCAAGUUAGAAGCAUACACAAGACGUGAAAAUCUAAAAGUGUUUAAUAUUCCAGAAGGAAGAGGUGAGUCAACUUCUGCUGAAGAUCAAUUGAAAAAAGUGAUGCGCGAUAAACUUAAGAUCCCAGAGGAAGAUAUCGAACAGAUCCAUUUUGAACGCGUUCACCGCAUCCCUACUAAGAAAAAUACCAGUCAAGGACAGAACUCCAAACCUAGGCCUAUUAUAGCUAAAUUUAGCUUCUUUCAAGACAAGGAGUAUGUUUGGUCUUUUGUUAAAAACUUGAAAAACACUAACAUUUCAAUCGCGAAUGAUUUCCCCCGGGAAAUUGAUGAGAUACAGAAAACGUUAUAUCCCAUCUUGAAAAAGGCCAAACAGAGAAAGCAAACAGCCUAUUUCAAAGUUGAUAAGCUAAUUAUAAACGGGCAAAUCUACAGAGGUGAAGAAACAACCAAUCUCCCAUACUACGGUCUCAUUAUGGACACAAGAAACAGCGGAAACUAAAGCCAAAGCGGUCCCAGCGCGACAGCACAUCAAUAGUUAAGUUUAGUUCAAGGUUUAUGUGUGUAAUAAGUGUUAAACUAUUUAACCCUCCUUGUUUAAUUAGAAAUGUGAAUGCUCUGGAAACUUCUUACUUGAUAUGUUACUGUAUGUUUUUCUGUAGAUUAAUAAUUUAUUUUAGGGCGAAUAUUAUCGUUUAUGUGCACUAUAUUUUCUUGCACUCUGCUAUACCAUCGAUUUCAUUUUUAUUUUAUAUGACUUCUUCUAUAAUACCACUUCCCCGAUUCAGCUCUAAUGACCGAUCAUUCUCUUAAUCUACUAUCUCUCAAUGCGAGGGGACUAAGCAAUUUCAGAAAAAGGCGAACGAUUUUCACGUGGUGUCGAAAACGAAACUCGGAUAUAAUAUUCCUGCAAGAAACUCAUUCGACAUUGUCAACACAGUUAAAUUGGAAAAACGAAUGGGGUGCAGAACUUAUUUGCUCCCACGGGAGCUCAAACUCGAGGUGUUGCAAUCUUAAUCAAAAAGGUCUUGAUUGCGUUAUUCACUCUCAAAUUGUAGAUACAUCGGGAGGUAUAUCGUUGUUAAAGCCGCUAUCAAAGAUAAAAUGUAUGUUCUUGUAA